UCUCACAAGUUUCAACGUAAAUUCACCCUAGCAUUGUGACAAAAUUUCCCCACACGAACUGUCACCAAGUUCAGGCCCAUGUGAAGUUUGAAGUCGGUCGUUCUUUCACUUCCGCCACGAUCUGAGUCGUACACAGUUAAAAUAUGGGAAAACCACGAGGUAUUCGUACCGCUCGCAAGCACGUAAACCACCGUCGUGACCAGCGGUGGGCUGACAAGGACUACAAAAAGGCUCACUUGGGCACAAGAUGGAAGGCCAAUCCCUUCGGAGGCGCCUCCCACGCCAAGGGAAUCGUUUUGGAAAAGGUAGGUGUUGAAGCCAAACAGCCUAACUCUGCCAUCCGAAAGUGCGUUCGUGUACAAUUGAUUAAGAACGGCAAGAAGAUUACCGCUUUCGUUCCACGGGACGGUAGCUUGAACUACAUUGAAGAAAACGACGAAGUUCUAGUUUCUGGUUUCGGUCGUAGUGGUCACGCCGUCGGUGAUAUUCCCGGUGUCAGAUUCAAGGUUGUUAAGGUCGCUAACGUAUCACUUCUCGCCCUCUACAAGGAGAAGAAGGAACGUCCAAGAUCUUAAGUUAUUCCAUGUAAAACGAUAAAAUUUUUAAAAUACAAACUGAGAUUACCAUUUAUUUUGGUAUGAUCGACAAAAUA